CACAGCUUCCUUAUACUCCGCACUCGCAAACCCGCACUGUGAACUCACAGCAACCCUGUUUUCGAAGCACUUCCUCCACCGUACUCCCUUGCGCUUCAGCAAUAAUCGCUGCAGCACUUCUAACCCCCUCUUCCAGCACAUCCAGAUCCUCCAACUCCGGCUCUUUCGUCGACACCACACCCAGCACAAUCGCCUUUCCCUUGGGCAGGAACCUCGACGGGUUAAACUCUCUAGCCUUAUCUGUCUUAUACUCCAGAAAAAGAGUGUCGUACUUCAAUUUGAAGAGUCGCUGCGUAAUCUUCUCGUAACUCCUCUUUGCGAGCCACAAAUCGUCCGUCAAAUUACCGCGGCAGAGAUGAACCCCCGUCGUCAGCCCUUCGAAAUGGCUUCUUAUCGCGUCGUUGUGGGCGCGCAGGUAUGUGCUUAGCAGCUCGAUGCCAUCUUGCUCCAGCGCGGACAGGAAGUUGGGACCGCAGAAGUAUGUCAAAAGCGUGCCAACAGAGAUCCUGAACCAGGUCUCCACCUUCCUUCCCGUGAGCCCAAUCCUCCCUCUUCGCCUAACAUCGCGCACUCUUGCAUAUCAGCUUCCUCUGAACCAGCGCUUCUUCCGCAAGCUGCUACUGAGCGGUAAUUUACUGCCAUUCUUAUGGGAUUUGGAUCGAAAAGCGUACCUAACCAUGCAACACCACAAACCUACAUGAACAACUGAGGGUGAAGCAGGGGUUGGAAAAAAAAAAGAAGAGAGCGGGGUGUCGCUAGGGCCGUGGAACCGGUGUAGGAUUUGGCAGAGCGUGGCCGAUGUCGAGAAGUGGAUGUGAAAGGUGUAUGGUAUUCAAACGGAGCUUAUCUGAGAUCGGGGCUUAUGUAGCACAGACAAGAAGCUGCAGACACAGGAUAUCGAUCAUAGUCGAUGGUCGUUG